GGACGAGACGUUAUGCAUGAAUAGGUGCAAUUACUGAUUACUGCAUUACUAAUUACGGGUGUCGUGAAUAUUUAGCUUUGCCCUUUACUAAACACGAUAUUCAUUCGCGUCGUUGAUUUGUACUUUGAAUACCGCACAAGAAGAGCUUUGGUUAAAUAUUUAAAGUUACAAAGAGAUCGUGGGCACUAUAGUCAGAACAUUUCACCCAGGAAGUUGAUCAAACACUUGAACACAACAACAAGCAAAGAAUGUUGGAAGCCUUAACUGCAGCUGCCUCCCUUUCCUCGGCAACACGUAGGAUAUACCAGCAUUAUAAUUUUUUCGUUUCAGUUUGCCGUAACAAUAAAUAUCAUCUUUCAUUUUCUUUUAAAGCCUUGACUGCCUUAGUCAUUUCAUGUUUGGCGGCCCUUCCCCUCCAAAUUUCGAUGAUAGCAAUUGGAGCUAAAUAUAAAGACGAGUGCCCAGUGGAACCAUCGAUCCCGAUUUACUUGAUUGUGGCUGGAGCGGGUGGUCUUGUCGCCAACUGCUGUUCCUACGGCACACGAUAUCAGGAUGGAGCCGAAGGAGAGGAAAGAUGUGUAAACGCAAUACUGCAGCUAGUGGUGCAACCUUUCAUCUUCGCUUGUUUCGUCUACGGAAACGUGUUGAUUUAUAGAAACCGCCAGCCGAACUACGCAGAUCCAGAGAGCGCUUACUACUGUAACAAGACGUUGUACCUGUUUGCAUUCUGGGCUACCAACUCUUACUACAUUAUAUUUGUUCUGGUGCUGACCCGCGUCUGUGUUGUCGGCUUCAUCACGGUUAGGAUGAUUUGCUUCGCAAGAAAAGAAUAACAUUAUAGUUCUUUUUUUAAAGAAAAGUUUUCUUAAUAUAUGUGGCUGACUAAUAAUAUGUAGCUGACAAAUGAUUCAUUUACAUUCUGCUGACACUACCUAUAACGAAAAAUAUCUUGUAGAAUUGAAUGUUUUUAAAAUAAGAAUUUUAAGGUGAAU